CACCUGGGUGGUGUAACAUAACUAUGGCACAUAUAAAGCAUACAGGCUCUGACGAGUACACAGAACUCGAAGCCGAAGUGUGUGCUCAACGGAGAGUGGCGAGGACAGAACGAAAAAUCAUAGCAGAGAGUCAAGGAGAUGUUGUUGACACACGGCAACAGCUCAAAAUAUGACAAAAAAUUGAAAAUAACAAAAAAAAUACAGCCCUACUAAGAGCACACGGGAGAAACAGCGAGCGAGAAAACAGUAAGGGACACGAACAGUGUGUCUAGUGAAACAGUGAACAACAAAGAAAACAAUUGUACAGGAGGAGCAGCAAACAAAAGUGUAACACGGAAACGAAACGAAACACGUAACAGGUUCGAAUCUCAGCUUUAAACGAAAUGAAGCACACCUUGUUGUUAUUGCGCACGACGGCGGCGGCGGCGGCCAUGAUGCUGCGGCGUGUCCGGGACGGUUUUACGUCGCGGCAAUUAUAACCACUUACGAGGGGCAUGGGUACCCUUGUCCCAUCCAUGGCAUCAUCAUGUAUGUGCGCCAUCUUUUGCUACAUACGUAUUUUACUUUUAACAUCAGAUCUUAGCAGUCCAACUACUCUGAGAAGUGUCGUUUCAUUUCCGGUGGUUUGUGUCUUGGGGUCUUGGGACCUGUGAGAAUUAUAGUGUCUAAACUUCACUUCACGCAUCAUGUUGCAACCCUUAAUUAGUUUGUGUUUUAUGAGUACUAGAUCCCGAGAGAGAAUACAUGUUCAUCGUAGUCAAGUAGUAAAAAGUAAAAGGUGUUUGCGUCUUGCAAAAAUUCGUUGAAGCCGAGACCCGUACCAAAAGGACAGACUUAACGCGUAAGGCAGUAACAAGUAGAGAAUCAUUGUAUAAACCAAAACUAUGUGUGCACCCAUGAGUUUCGAAUUUUGUUCAUUAUGUGUCUCUCGUGUGAAGCUCACUUUUCGUGUUUUAUACCAUAGUUAAAAGCGAGUUGUCGUCAGGGGUAAAGCUUUAUCUAUUUUUUUUGUUUUAUUUUAAGUAACAUCAAACAUCAAGAGCACCACCAAUCACGAUCACGCGAAUACCGACCGGUCAUAACCAGCACGGGCAACGAGUUCGUUCUCUCUUUCAUCUAUGGCUUUGGUUGGAUGUUUUGUGUUUUUCUCAUUGAUUUAGACAUUUCUUUUUUACUCCAUUUACAACGCUGCGUAAAGAGCAGAGAAAACCCCGCUUGCUUUGUGCGGCAGUUAUCUUUGGCUUUGUUCCGUUGUUUUAACUUAUUAGCAUACCGAGAAAAGAAAGCUCCGAUUUUAGCGAAACAAAUGAUCAAAAUGUGACAAAAAACGUUAUUUGCGUAUGUGUAUGUGUGUGAAAAUGGGCUAAAUAGUUACAGACUUUAGGAAAAAGGAAAGGAACGAAAUAACAACAAAAAAAGUGAGGCAACGCAAGUGAGAUAGUGAGAGAAAUGGGGGAGAGAUGGAGAGAGCGAGAAUGUGACAGCUGACAGAGAGUGUAAUAAGUUAAAGAACAACUAGCAAAAUAAGAUACAAAAAGGAGAAGGAAAAAGGAGAACGAGCGAACGAGCGAACGAGCGAGCGAGAGGAUGCUUGCUUAAGAGAAAGUAACGAUGUCGAUGGGGAAAUUGUAGAAAAGUAUAUCUCUAGCAUUUUAAGAAAGGAUUAUAGAUGUAAUAAAACCAAACCGAAUGAAUAAUGAGUCUAAACAGGCCAGAAAUCUGUGCGCUAAUGGCCACACCUCAAACUAACAACAUCGGUGCGCGCACCGCGCGGUAUAGAUAAGAAGGGCACUAAUUCGAACAUCGUAAUGGCCAAUGCAUAGAGGACUGACGGUUGCAAAGCGAAACGAGAGAGAGAGAGCUACUAAACGGACAAAAGAAAAAGUUUAAAUGCAGCAUUUAAAACGUGAACGUCACAUCAAUUACCUUGUGUAGCGUCGGUUGAACGUGUUGUAAAAUCGAACCACCAGCAAGAAGAAGUAAAAGUACAAAGGUUACGAAAAAGGCUGGACACAAGAAGUUGCAAAAUACUAGCACUUAAACAACGACUUGAACAAUUCCCCCUUAACGCAAUGUUCGAUUCGAGAUGAAAAACAAUGAAACUGAGCAAAAAAAACCUACAAUAUUCUACGAUCGAUGGAACAAGGGUGCACAUAAUGCGGCUACGCGGAACAAACGUACUACAAUUAUUAUUGCACACGACGGAGCAGCACACGGAGAUUGAGAUCAGUUCGUGAGAUGCUUCUUAAAAUUAGAGCAAAAUGCCAUGUUUUGGAAGGCUUUAAGCGAUAGCGACUAGCACAGGGGUGUUUGAUUAUUUGGAACAACAGUGAACAGUUAGUUUUCCAUUCUGCCAAUUUGCUGAUAGUUUGCAUCCCCUGGCGUGCUAUUCAUACUAGCUCACGUGCGAUCCAUAGCUGUAUUUACCUCCGCUUUGCUACUGUUGCCGAGCGUCGUGCUGUAUAUCAAAUUGUGACCUUUAAACCCUUCCGGUAUGAGUGUAAAAAUAACAACCCGGACAAAACCAACCGGGUGCGCAACAUGAAGAACAACAUGACGCUUUAGUACCGUACUCUCCUCAGUAGGAAAAAAAUCGCCCAAAAUGAGAUUUUAGCAGGAAAUGGGGAACGCCUAAAUCGCGUGCACGGAGCGUGCUAUUUGGCAUAGAAUAUUUUGUACGACCAUGGUCCCCACGAUGAUGUCCCUUCGGAGGGCGCAGUGUAUUUUCCUACCGCAAACAGAGCAAACCAUAACCUAACUAACCUAAUGAGCAGCAGCAAAAUCAUCACAACUCUCGGAGGAACGUGCCAAGAGUGCAGCCCGGAAGCCUCAUUCACUGAUAAACACUGAUCAAAUGAAACGUAAACGCACACCGGACGGAAGCGGUUAAAGCAAAAGUGUAACGAACGUCGUGCAGUGACACGAGCGCGGCGUGAAACAAGCAACACAUCAUCAGAUCAUCAGGCAUGUACAAUGGCGCGAUCAGUUGCAUUUAGAAGAAACGUAAGCAAAACUAAUCACCUCACCGGUCUCAUCCAUUAAAAUCGGCGCUGGGUCUUGUCGAUGCCAACAUCCACUGGUUUCGUGGUAACCAUUUGCCAACAUACUGCACCGAGUAAUUAUAAUUUGCCUCAGAAAGGUAGUGUGUCAAUUCUCUGACAAUCAUACUUUACCAGCAAAAUUGGGCAUUGAAACUUUGCAACAAGAUCACUGUAAGAACCAUCGUUUUAGGAUUUCCCUUUGGUACCAUUUUUCAAAAUUGAUUCUAUUACUGACGAGGACCGAUCGUUUCAUUGCUUGCUUACUUGUAAACACAUUCAAACUCACAUUAGUUCAUUUCAAAACAGCAACGGCAACCACAAGCAUCAUACAAUAAGUCGACGAUUUGAAUGACCCUCGGUGAAGAAACGACCCAAACGAACCAUACACUCUCUCAUGCGAAGGAGUCAUAAAGAUGAAUGAAGAAAAAAAUAAAGUAA